UCUAAAAAUGUCUAACAACAAUAGACCAUUGCGAGAAAAUGAUGUUAAUUCAUCAUUACCUCCGUCAAAAAAAUACAAGUUGUGGAAAGAAAACAAUGCGGUUCCUAUACCAGUGAGGACAUUGCAAAGGUGGGAGAAAAAUUUAUUUAAUAAACCAAAUAAUAUCAAUGAUGAUGGCACUCUCCAAGCAAAUAGUUUGGCUACAGAUUCUAUCACAGAAAUAAUAGAUGAUUCAAAAUCAGAUGACGGCACUGAUAUUUCUACAAGUGACAGUGAUAACAGUGGAGACAAUGAUGUUGAUCAUCUUUCUGAUCCGAAUGUUUCUUUACUCACAGACAUAAAUCAAUAUACCAAAUCUUAACAGUGCUGAUAUAUGGAGUUUAAAUCCUUUAUUUCUAGGCUAUAGAUCAGACGUGCUCA